AUGGCUGACUUGAUUUCUCUCAUCCAACAGCUGUCUCGGCGACACAAUGGUGGCGACCUCGAUAGCAGGAGAAGCCCUGGCCAAAUGUGCUGUGUCUGCGACUCUCAACCACGAUAUCGGGCUGCUGACGGAGCGGAGCAGGUGCUGCACAAGAACAAUGCAAUGGUCAAGCAGCUCCUGCUCUGUCUUGAGUGCAAGGACUACCACCAGCUUCUUCGCCUCUACCUUCUACACGCCUUCCUGAGCUCCCUCAACUUCUCCGCCUGGGUCCACCGCCAGCUUCUCCUCAGUAAACGCGCCGUCCGCAACCACUUCCUCUCUACCCACUCAUCUGCCGCCGCCUCCUGCCCCCCAUUGUUCUCUAACCCCUCAUGUCUUUCCUCCUCCUCCCAACAACACCAACAGCAUGAUAUCAAUUUGCCAGCGGCGGCGACUGCUGGCCCCCUUUCCCAUACCUUUGUGCCCCACAACCCGCUUGACCAGCUCUUCAAGAACUCCUCCCCCUCUGCUGCAAUGUUUAUCAUGGGCGCCCCCAGCCUCCGGAGCAAGAACAAUAACUCAGAUGAGGGCAGUGGCGCCAUGUCUUCUGCCCCAUCGGCGCUGUCUUUACCUCCCCCUCAUAAACCACUUCUGCUGUCGAGGAUCGAGAGCAGGACGAAGAAGAUGAGCAUGGGAAGGGGCUUGAUGCCUGGCCUUGGGUUUGACGAGGUCAGGAAAAGCCGCACAAUCAUCAGCGCACCUUGCAUCCGGCGCACAGUGCCAACCAUGCUCCAGGAGCAGCACCAUCAACAGUCCCCAGCUCUUCCACCUCCAAUUCUGACUCCACAUUGCUGA